AUGGAUUUUAUUCACACGUUUCUCAACCUUGUAGCUCCUCCAUUUACCUUCUUUUCCUUGUGCCUCUUCUUACCACCAUAUCUUACUUACAAAUUCUUCAUUUCUCUGUUCGGCAGCAUUUUUAGUGAAAAUCUCGAGGGAAAGGUCGUCAUCAUUACCGGUGCUUCUUCUGGCAUCGGAGAGCAAUUGGCUUAUGAGUAUGCUAGUAGAGGAGCCUGCCUAGCUCUUUGCGCUAGGAGAGAAAGAAGCUUGGAAGAAGUUGCUGAUGCAGCCCGUGACAUCGGUUCUCCUGAUGUUAUCACCAUUCGUGUUGACGUUUCAAAGGUUGAUGAGUGCAGGCAUCUAGUUGAGGAAACAGUUAAUCAUUUUGGGAGAUUGGAUCAUCUGGUGAACAGCGCUGGCAUUAGUGCAGUUUGCUUGUUUGAAGAAACGGAUGAUAUCACUAAUUUUAAGUACAUAAUGGAUACAAACUUCUGGGGUUCAGUUUAUACUACUCGCUUCGCAGUUCCACACCUCAGAUGUAGCCAAGGCAAGAUCGUAGUUUUGUCAUCCUCUGCUUCGUGGUUGCCUGCACCCAGACAUACCUUCUACAAUGCAAGCAAGGCGGCGAUGCUAAGCUUUUUUGAGACAUUGAGAGUUGAAGUUGGGUCAGAUGUUGGCAUAACCAUUGUGACUCCUGGAUUCAUAGAGUCUGAAUUAACCCAAGGCAAAUUCUUCACCAGGGCAGGCAAAAUUGAAGUCGAUCAAGACAUGAGAGAUGUUCAAAUAAGCGCAAUCCCAGUUGGAUCAGUAAGUGGGUGUGCAAGGGCAAUAGUAAAUAGUGCUAGCCGUGGAGAUAGAUACUUAACAGAGCCAUCAUGGUUCAAGAUUACAUAUUGGUUAAAGGUGUUAUGUCCUGAUUUGCUGGAGUGGAUUUAUAGAAUGUCUUAUCUGAGUGAGCCAGGGGCUCCAGCUCCACCGACCGAAGCGCCCAGCAAGAAAGUCCUGGACCUUACUGGAGCCAAGAGAGUUCUAUACCCAUCCACUAUCCAAUCUCCUGACAGCAAGAAAGAAUAG